AUGGUGUUGCCUAAAUCAAAAAAUAACUAUGGACUAGGAAGAGCCAUCCAAGCGGACUUUGCAAAGUCUCGUAAGAACAGAAAAGGUGGUUUGAAACAUACUACGGAAAUGGACCCUAGAGCGAAAAAGCCACUCUUGCAAUCUGUAACUCAAGAAAGCAACCUCGAAGAAUUUUUGAACACUGCUGAAUUAGGGGAAGUGGAUUUUGUGGCUGAAAAGCAAAAUGUCAGAGUAAUCCAAAACCCCGAGCAAAACCCCUUUUUGCCAACUGCGGAAGAGGCCAAGAAUUCAAGAACACGCCAAGAGAAAAACAAAGAUCGUCUUACAAUUCCCCGCCGUCCUCGUUGGAACGAAUCAACCACACCCGAAGAACUUGAAAGAAUGGAAAAAGAUUCAUUUUUGGAUUGGCGACGUAGUUUGGCUCAGUUGCAAGAGGUCGAAGGAUUUGUCAUCACUCCAUUUGAACGUAACCUUCAAAUUUGGAGACAACUAUGGCGUGUCAUUGAACGAUCCGAUGUGGUUGUUCAGAUCGUUGAUGCCAGAAAUCCUUUGUUUUUCCGUUCCGCAAAUUUGGAACACUAUGUUCGAGAAGUUGACCCCAAGAAAAAGAACUUUUUGUUGGUCAACAAGGCUGAUAUGCUCACUACCGAACAAAGAAAGUACUGGGCUGCUUACUUUAAUGAACACAAUAUAUCCUAUCUCUUUUUUUCUGCCCGUCUAGCUGCUGAAUCAAUCAUGGACGAAGCUGAAGAAGCCACUGAUGAUGUCCCUGAAAGUCUAAAGGCCGCUGAAACUCAUACAGAGGAUCAUCGCAUCGCUACUUUAGACAAUUUAUUAGGAAUUUUUGAAACUUAUGCAACUAACCUUGCAAAAGACAAGGGCAAGUUGACUUUUGGACUUGUCGGCUACCCCAACGUCGGUAAAUCGUCCACCAUCAAUGCUUUAGUUGGCCAUAAAACUGUCUCGGUUUCUUCUACACCCGGUAAGACUAAGCACUUUCAAACUAUCAACUUGACUGACAAGGUAACUUUGUUGGAUUGUCCCGGUUUAGUAUUCCCUUCUUUUGCUACUACCCAAGCAGAGUUGGUUGUGGAUGGUGUUUUACCUAUUGACCAAAUGCGUGAGCACACUGCUCCUUCUGCCAUGUUGGCUAAUAGAAUUCCCAAAGAAGUGCUUGAAAACAUUUAUACCAUCAAUAUUCGUACCCGUCCCAAAGAAGAGGGUGGAUCCGGUGUACCUUCAGCCGAAGAGGUGUUGUUCCCAUAUGCCAGAGCCCGUGGUUUUAUGAGAGCGCAUCAUGGUACUCCUGAUGACUCAAGAGCAGCAAGAAUUUUGCUUAAGGAUUACGUGAACGGUAAAUUGAUUUACGUUCACCCACCACCUAACUAUCCUGACUCCGAUAUGCAAUUCAAUAAAGAACAUCAUCUCAAUUAUCUUUCUUCAGUUGAUGAAGACGUUGGCCGAAAGCUUCAAAGUGCAACCCUUAAAGAUAAGCUAGCUCUUCGUGAAAGCGAGGAAAUUGACAAGGAAUAUUUUUCAGAAAACCCUCAUGUUCGCUCAUUUGUGCGUGGAACUGCUGCUUCCAACAUUCAAGGUCCUGAAUACAAAGGAAGAAACACUACCCAGGCCUUUCAGCGUCGUUUGAAUGACGAUGGUACUCCAAAAUAUCCAAUGAACGUCCAAGGAAAGCCAUUGUCACGUCGUAAAGCUCGUCAAAUUAGUACUUUGGAAGUCGGCGUAUCUCCCGAUGCUGUUGUGGCUGCUUCUUCCAAAAAGCACAACAAGAAAAACAAGCGUUCAAAGCAACGCAGUGGUAGGGUACUAGAAGAUUUUUAA